CGUCACUCCUGCACCUAAGGGACUUCUCCACAGGGACCAAGCACACUGAUCACUCACACACAUCUCUUCAUUCACACCUGGCAGAAGGUUACCUGAGUGCUGGUGGCUACUGAAACAAGAGGCAUCAUGUCAGCAGCCUUCUACCUGCUAACCACCCUGGGGGGUUAUGUGAUCACCUCUGCUUUACUGCUUAAAUUCCCCAACCUGCUCCACAAGAAGAAGCAACAGAAGUUCAGAUGCAAGCACAUCUCCCACCGGGGAGGUGCAGGUGAAAACUUGGAAAACACAAUGACCGCUUUCCAACAUGCGGUCAGCCUUGGGACUGACAUGUUGGAGCUCGAUUGCCACCUGACAAAAGAUGAGCACGUUGUGGUGUCACACGAUGGAAACUUGAAAAGGUCGACUGGCGUCAACGUCAACAUUUCAGACCUUAACUACUCUGAUCUCCCUACGUACCUGUGCCAACUGGAUGUCACCUUUGAAAAGGAUUGCUGCUGUGAAGCAGGAGAAGACAAGCGCAUCCCUUUGCUGCGAGAGGUGUUUGAAGCUUUUCCAGAGACACCGAUCAACAUUGACAUCAAAGUGAAUAACGGCAUUCUUGUUAAAAAGGUGUCAGAGCUGGUGAAAAAGUACAACAGAGAGCACCUGACCGUGUGGGGCAAUGCAGACUACGAGAUUGUGCAGAAAUGUCACAAAGAGAACUGUGACAUCCCCCUCCUCUUCUGCUUUCAACGAGUAUUACUCCUGGUGGGAUUAUUUUACACCGGACUCCUGCCCUUUGUCCCCAUACGAGAGCAGUUCCUGGAGAUUCCAAUGCCCUCUAUUAUAAUGAAACUUAAGGAUCCUUCAAAAAUGAGCAGAAGUCACAAGUUUGUGGUGUGGAUGGCAGAUGCGUUAAUCAUGAGAAAAAGUUUGUUUGAUCACCUUAAAGCAAGAGGAAUUCAGGUGUACAUAUGGGUACUAAACAAUGAAGAGGAAUAUAAAAGAGCUUUCGACCUCGGUGCCACCGGCGUUAUGACGGACUAUCCGACCAGACUGAAAGAAUUCCUGGAAAACCACGCACACUGAAACUUAACAUCAAACGCCGAGCUGCAGGAAAAGGUCUACUCCGGCCAUCUGAUUGAUCUCUUGCUGUGCAUUAGGGCCAUCAUACCUCACUCUCAACGUAGUAAAUAGUUACUUAUACCUAUGUAUUUAUGGGGAUCAUGUUAUAGUUUACAUUUUGUAAAUAAGCCGAAUCAGGACUAAACCUCAGUACUGUAUAUUUAAAAAGUAAAAAAAAAAAAAAAACAUUUUUAAUAUAAAGAGAGUCUGACAUGGAAUGUACUCAGUAUUUAAUCUGUUUUUAUUUCGGUUCUGGCCACAGAUUAUUUUCUUUGAAAAUAAAAUAAUUCAGCCUCGUUAAUCCUCAGAGUAGGGAAAACUCCCCGUUUUAGUAUUUAAAAGAGCAAUAGAGCCGUUAUAUUCUUAAAGAGGAGAAAAAUGCAAAGAUUGUGUCGGAAGUGUUCAUGUGUUAGACCAGGAGACCACCCAUGAUCCUUUAAUGUAUAGAA